CUUGGGGCUGCCGAGGGGUUCGCGACGCGGAGGGCCGGAGACUCCGGGCCGCGCGGGACCCGGAGGGGCGCCCGGGCCUCCGCGGAGACGAUGGCGGAGGAAGAAGGACCAACAGUAGAACUGCGCCAAAGAAAAAAGCUGAAGUCUUCAGAAAAUAAGGAAUCUGUCAAAGAAGAGAAAAUCAGUGACACUCCAAUUCCUGAAAGAGCUCCAAAACAUGUAUUAUUUCAGCGCUUUGCAAAGAUUUUCAUUGGCUGUCUUGCAGCAGUUACUAGUGGUAUGAUGUAUGCUCUCUAUUUAUCAGCAUACCAUGAACGGAAAUUCUGGUUUUCCAACAGGCAGGAGCUUGAACGAGAAAUCACAUUUCAAGGUGACAGUGCCAUUUAUUACUCUUAUUAUAAAGAUAUGUUAAAAGCGCCCUCAUUUGAAAGAGGUGUUUAUGAAUUGACACACAAUAACAAAACUGUAUCUCUGAAGACUAUAAAUGCAGUGCAGCAAAUGUCUCUAUAUCCAGAACUCAUCGCCAGUGUUUUAUAUCAAGCAACUGGUAGCAAUGAGAUUAUUGAGCCAGUAUAUUUCUAUAUUGGCAUUGUUUUUGGAUUGCAAGGAAUAUACGUUACUGCUUUAUUUGUUACAAGUUGGCUUAUGAGUGGAACAUGGCUAGCAGGAAUGCUUACUGUUGCAUGGUUCAUUAUUAACAGGGUAGAUACAACAAGAAUUGAAUACUCCAUUCCUUUAAGAGAAAACUGGGCACUACCAUAUUUCGCAUGCCAAAUUGCUGCACUUACAGGCUAUUUAAAAAGCAACUUAAAUACUUAUGGAGAGAGGUUUUGCUGCUUGUUGAUGAGCGCUUCAACUUACACGUUUAUGAUGAUGUGGGAGUACAGCCACUAUCUCUUAUUUCUUCAGGCGGCAUCUCUGUUCUUGCUAGAUAGCUUUUCACUGGAGCAAAGUGACAAGGUUCAUGAAGUUUAUAAAAUCUAUAUAUUUUCUCUCUUUCUGGGAUAUUUACUGCAGUUUGAGAAUUCAGCUUUAUUGGUAUCUCCUUUAUUAAGUUUAGUAGUGGCCUUAAUACUUGCUAAGUGCCUUCAGCUGAAUGUGAAGAAAGGAACUUGUAUAGCUAAAAUAAUGAAAGUGAUUAAUUUUUACUUGGUGUGUACUCUGACAGUGACACUGAAUAUUAUAAUGAAGAUGUUUGUCCCACACAAAGAAAAUGGGCACAUGCUGAAAUUCCUUGAAGUAAAAUUUGGACUAAAUAUGACUAAGAAUUUUACAAUGAAUUGGCUCCUAUGUCAAGAAUCCCUGCAGGCACCAUCUCAAGAUUUUUUUUUGCGAUUGACACAGUCUUCUUUAUUACCCUUCUAUAUUUUAGUGUUAAUUAUUUGUUUUCUUUCUAUGAUGCAAGUUAUUUUUAGGAGAAUUAAAGGCAAGUCCUUGAAAGAAACUAUUACUCUUGAAGAUGGACGAAUUGGAGGAAGGCCAGAAAUAAUUUAUCAUGUGAUUCACACUAUUUUAUUGGGCUCUCUUGCAAUGGUUAUAGAAGGCUUGAAAUACCUGUGGACUCCUUAUGUGUGUAUGUUAGCAGCAUUUGGUGUAUGUUCUCCUGAACUUUGGGUGACACUUUUUAAGUGGCUUCGAUUACGAACUGUACACCCCGUGUUGUUGGCUCUUAUUCUGAGUAUGGCUGUUCCCACUAUAAUAGGUCUCAGCUUAUGGAAAGAGUUUUUUCCAAGAUUAAUGACAGAAUUAAUGGAACUGCAAGAAUUUUAUGACCCAGACACAGUGGAACUUAUGACCUGGAUAAAAAGGCAAGCUCCAGUUGCAGCUGUGUUUGCAGGGAGUCCACAAUUAAUGGGCGCGAUUAAAUUAUGCACUGGAUGGAUGGUGACCAGCUUGCCUCUUUACAAUGAUGAUGAUCUUCUCAGGAGAAAUGAAAACAUCUAUCAAAUCUAUUCAAAGCGAUCUGCUGAGGAUAUUUAUAAAAUACUGACAUCCUACAAGGCUAAUUACCUAAUUGUAGAGGAUGCUAUCUGCAAUGAGGUGGGAACCAUGAGAGGCUGUAGGGUUAAAGAUUUAUUAGACAUUGCAAAUGGCCAUGUGGUUUGCGAAGAAGGUGACAAGUUAACCUACUCAAAAUAUGGGCGAUUUUGUCAUGAGGUCAAAAUUAACUAUUCUCCAUAUGUGAAUUAUUUCACUAGAGUAUACUGGAACAGAUCCUACUUUGUAUAUAAAAUCAACACUGUGAUAUCCUUUCAGUCUUGAAAGAUAGCAGAGCCUUCAUUUCAAAGACUUUCAUCACUUGAAAUAAAAUGUGAUUUUCUUCUUACCUACAUGGUGUCUUCUAGAAAUCAGAGUAUGGACAUUUGAAAUGUUGCUGCUGCUUUUUCCCUCCUGCUGUUACCUGGAUUCAGAGUUCUGCAGGGAAUAGAACAUCAAGCAUUACUGUCCUUUGGUAAAAUGUCAAAUCCACCACUCUGUAAUAUUCUGGUCAGGUGUUUUCCUUAUAUAAUGUUACAUGGUCUUUAAAGACUUUAUCUUCUCCUUAUCUUCUCAACUGUUAUAAAAUUGUCCUCAUAAAUCUUCAUUCUGUCAUAAAUAGGUCUUGAAUUUGAAUAUGUUCAAGGUCAGAGUAUAUUUCUCAAACAUAACAUUUAAUAAAUAUGUCAUUUAAUGUCAUAUAAUUAUAGACUAGAAGGAAGGAACUCUUCUUACCCUCAAGACAGUUUCUGAAGGUAUUUCGUGGUGUAUAAUAGAAUUGAAAUAUUAUGAUAUUAAUUUAAAUGUUAGCUGAAAAUAUGUGACAUUUAAAUUAAAAUUUGUUGGGGCGCCUGGGUGGCUCAGUC